UUCUUUAUCCGGGAAUUUGAUACUUCUACCUUUUGCCUUCGAGGGUGGUUCGGAUUAUUGAGGCUUGACCGCCAUUUUAGUGGAAUUGAGCCCAAAGAAGAAACACCGUACCCCCCUCUAAAAAAACGUCCAGACAAUCACUUCCGUCAAAAACAAAUAAACGAGAAACUCACUUCCUGUAGAAAAAGAGGUCGCGUGUUUCUUACAGCUUCAGCCAUGGACCUUGAGGAAAAUCCGACAUUGCACGCUGACUCUUCGCUUGUAAACGGAACGAGUUGCGCGACAGCCACCGCGCUAGCACAGGUUUUGGACUCACAGGCUAUAUCCAGCACCUCUCUUGCAACCUUUUCUGUAACCUCGGUACCAGGGUCGACUGGCUUGGCGGUUCUUACUCCAACACUUGAUGGGACCACAACUGUAACAUCCUUACCCGGCUUUACUCUUUCCAGUUUUGAUCCUGUGGACGUGAAACACGUGGGUGAUUCCAACGAAUUAGCUGUAGCGACUGUUGGGGAAGACGGCAGGUCGGUAUCAAACAAGAUUUUAAAUUAAACUUGUCAACUCCUAAGAUUAGAUAGCAAUUUUUUUUAUUUUUGCCUAAGGGAACAUUACGAAUAUAAGAAGAUGUUUUAAAAUAAUCAUUUACAUCACAGUAUUAUACACCUGGAAUCAGUUGUUUAAAAAGCGGAUAACACUCUCCAACAGCAGAUGAAUUGCUAUUCGGCAGAAAAGUGUGGAUAAAAUGUACUGUGUUAUCCACCAGAUAGUGAUUUAUCUAGAGGAUAGCACUAUCCACCCUUUGAACUACCGGAGCCAGUGAUAAAGGAAGCUCACGAUUUCUAACUUAAGCACAGUCUUUACAACCAAAACAGAGGUCCUCUGUGACUAAUUGUUUUUGUUCAAUGGCGGCUGAGGAAAACAAAGACAUCAUUGGGCAAUCAAUUGACAUAAUUCUAUAAUUCCUGGGCAAUCAAGCUACUGCAUUUCAUUGUCAUGUGGCUAAUUUUCAGAUUCUGUUUUCAUUCAUCUGUAUUAUUAAGUAGGCUUAAAGUUGAAGAUUUUAACUGAGAUAAGUUUUAAUUGACCUGUGGAUGAAAAUCAAGUAAAGUAACAAUUCUUGCAGGUGUGCUGUAAACUAAGCAACUGAAGAAUAGAGUCUGAAAACCUUCAGUCUUUGAUGGGAUUCAAACCCAUGCCUCACAGGUACUAGUUGGUUGCUACUACCAACUGAGCUGAUAAGCCUCAUGUUCGAAGAGAUACAAAUUUUAGAGGGUUGUCCUAUCCUGUAAAAUCACGAAAGUUGCUUACUUGAAUCUCAUCUGUUAUUUAUAACUUUUUCAAAACAUUCAAGAACUGCAAUGUUGCCUUUUUUGUCCCUGAAUAUCAAUAAAUCACCAAAAUUGAUUUUUAUAACAUAGUUAGUAAAUUUGUGUAAUCAAAUUCAAUUGCACGAGCGUGCUACAUAUUCCUAUUGUGCACGCUCAUGACAUCAGCAAACAAAUCCCUCAAGAAAAACAAAUUUUCCAUUGGGUUGAAAAUGUUAUAAAACAAUUGGUUCAUACGUCAGCUGUGGGUUCAUCAAGAUAUGAAGCACUUGGGAGUUUGGAGAGCACUCAAGAAGCUAGAGUUGCUCUCAGCUACACCUCAAGCAACUCUUACACAUCUUUCGGGCUCUCCAAACUUCCCGCUUGCUUCAUAACUUGAUGAACACACGCUGACUUAUGAACCAAUUGUUAAAUAUAACAUACAUAUAACUGUUCUCUUGUAAAACUAUCCAUGAAAAAAACAUUGUUUGAAAUUCUCAGUCAGCUUGAAAAAGAGUACACAAGUAUUUUGUCAUUAGAAAGAAUAAAGGCCAAAAUUGUUUGGAAAUACUUCCCACUCCUUUAUUUCUUUACACCCCACAUCAGAAUGCAUAUUCUCUAUAUUAUUCUUUAGACAUUUCCUAGGGUGCUGAUAGGGAGAAUUUGUUUAACAAUCAAAAACUUCCUUAAUUGCUGAUUAUUAGCUUUAUUCUUGUGACUUGAAUUAGUAAUCCAGGGGUAGGAUUGUAUAAUGAAAUCAGAUGCUUGUCAAUGUUAGGAGUCAACAGGUUGUAUAGCCCAUCAUUAACAUCGCUGAUAAUUUUCAUUUAAUCUUUGUUAAUUAAUUUAUAAUUUACUACAAUUUUGUCAGUGAUUCCUACAUCAAAUAUGGCAUCUAGUUCUUUUGUCACAGAGUAGUUCUGUAAAGGAAUGCUUCCUAUUGUCGCGUCCUCAGUCUACAUUUUACAGCCACGACUCACAAUGGAGUCACCGGUUAUCAUGCAUCUCAAGGGAGUCAAACUUUACCAACAUCUGAAGCAGAUUUUGUAUCUGACCUCAGUCAAGGUAUACAUUGAAUAAAAUUAGCCUGGCCAGCAUAUGUUAUAAGAAUAUACCACACAGGUGAAUAGUGCUUUUCCUCAGCACUCAAAGCUGCGACCAUUUUGGUCACCAUAACAAGUAGAGAGAAAUCUGGAUUCCUGACUUUGCAGCAUAUGUCAAGACACACGUCACAAAUUUUGGUGACCUACAGUGUGUUAGGUGAUCAAUAAGUAGGCAGUGUUCAUUACAGAAUCCCCAAAUCUGGUAAAGUCUUCAGCAGCCCUAAUAUAGAGCAGCUGGUAUCUCUGUGUUGGUUCUGAUAUAAACCAUGUUUUAGCCAAUUGAUAUGUACACAUAUUAUACUCAUAAAAGUAAUAUUUAUGUAAACUGUUUGUUCUUAGUGGAGAUUUUGAGUGGUGGAGAAAGUGAAGGGGGCUCAGCAGAGGAAACUGUUUGUCAGGAGACUCAGACCACAACAGCUGUGUCCAACUCCCAUGGAGAUGUGGAGAAACCAGAGGUGAGAUAUCUUUUAACCCUUUCACUCCUAAACGUGACCAAGACAGAAUUUCUCCUUACAAUAUCAAUACAAUAUCAAGCAGGCAGGUGAUGAGAAGAGAGAAGAAUAUCAAUCAUGGGAUUAUUAUUUGAUCCAAUACCAAAUUCUCUGAACUAACAUCAUAAGAAUUGUAUGGCAGAUAGUAAGGAGAAUUACUAAUUUGAUCUUGAGAGUGAAAGGGUUAAUACAUUCCCUGCUUCGCAUUUCUUGGACAUAAAAAGUUUACCUUGAUUAUGUUUUAUCCAGAAAAUGUUUCCAAAAACACCUGGGACAUAGCUUUAAAGUCCCAAUUUUUUUUUUUCACAUAAUUGGUGAGGCUUUGCAUCUCAACUAUAGUGUAUUACUAUUAUUAAAAGCACAAUCGCUCUUUUUUAUAGCCAACAAAUUUUGUGGGACCAGCAACCUAAUGUGUUCAUAUGAUUGUGAUUGAGAUAAUUUUAGACCUUUUUCUGUUAUCUCUUAGUAAUAUCCAUGAAUUUUUUUAAGAUUUUUUUUUUUUUUUUAACAAGGAUUAUAAACUUACUCAUUUGAGGAUGUUAAGCACCUAUCUCUCUAUGAAUGGCCCAUAAAAAUUGUAUUGUUGUAUUGUAAAUAUUCAGCACAUCUACUGCCUAAUUUCAAUAUUUUAAAAUUCAGCAUUAAAAAAACAGACAUUGAUACAAGGUUCAUGAGGAAUAGACCUUGACUUUCCUGUUUAUUUUCCAUAGCCUCCUGUUGAAGUCUAUAAUCUUUGCUGAAUUUUGAAAUAUCAAAAUAUCAAUUUUUUUUUUUUAAAGCAACAAUGACCAGGGGAAGGGGAAAGGUCUCUUUUUUUAGGACUCUGCAGACAGGUUUGUAGACUUUUUUAGUGUCAUGGUCAAACUUGGCCAUUAAUUGGUUGUUGUUAUUGUUUCAUACAGUACAUGUAUGUUCAGAAAAAGAAAGGAGGCUGGCCAAAGGGAAAGAAACGUCGUAAAACAUUCCGAGACAGCAAUGCACCAAAGGCACCCUUAACUGGAUAUGUGAGGUUCCUUAAUGAACAGCGAGAAAAGGUCCGAGCGGAGCGCCCUGAUUUAAAUUUCCCAGAAGUUACAAAACUACUUGGUGCUCAGUGGAGUAAACUGUCUACAGAAGAAAAACAAGUAUGUUUGUUCAGACAUAUUUACUAGAUUCUGAUAUGGCUCCAAAUUAUACACUAAAGUUUGUAUUUCCUUUGUUUCAGGAUGAUGAAGAAAGGAAAGGGAACCCAAAAUAUAUUAUUUUUUAAUCAUUAUGACUUUCACAUUUCAACUAUUAGUAUACCAAACUAUUUAAUAUGCACAUUUGCUUCCUUCACACAAGAAGUUUUUUGGCUUCACUCACCCAACUACCUCUUGUUAACAUUUUUUUACACUUCUCUUAAAAAUAUUUAGAAUUUAAUGUCUAACAACCACUGCCUUCAUCUUAACCUUCUUGGUUCAACAACAAAAUAUUUCCUGAGAAACAGACUGCUGCCACCCCUUUUUUGUCUUCUAAAAAGGGUUUAUGUAACCAUGAUAACACUCCACUACUUUGUUAACAUGCUUGUUUGCUGUAACCUGUUGUCACUUAUUUUGGCCAUGGUACCUCCUGCUCCCAAACCUGUGGAAAGCUGUUGCUUUUACUCCAUUCUUAGCCAGCUGAGCCCUAUAAUAGAGACAAUAACCUGCACCUUUGCAGCCUAUAUUCAGGCUCAAACCCCCCUUGGCAGUUUGUUCUCGAUUACUACCAGUGGCCAAUGGUAAAUGUACCAAACUAUUCUACAAAAGGCCUUGCUUUAAACCCCAACCAGGUCUUUCUAUUGUAUUUCAGAGCUCAAAUGCAAACAUUUAGAUUAACUUUGUGUCUACUGCAGCCAGAUUUUUUUCCAUUUCCAGCGAUAUUUAGAUGAAGCAGAGAAAGAUAAAGAAAGAUACAUGAUGGAAUUAGAAGCAUACCAAAAAACAGAUGCUUAUAAGAACUUUUUGAAGAAGCAAGCGGAACGGAAAAGAAAAAGUAAGUGUAUUGUUUCUUUGAUGUCGUGGCACGUUUUUCUCGUUUCAGUUCACGCUCUUUUCAGUGCUCCGUUGCUCUGAUCUCGAUUUCCUCAGACAACGUUAGGCUGAAUACAGAGCAUCCUACUCAACUGAAUACGAUAUCAAUAACAUUCUGUCGCAUCCAGUUAGUAUGGGCAACAGCUCGACAUUUCAUUACGUAUUGGUUUUCUUACAGAUCUAGAGAACUCUGACAGUCUAGAUGGCUUAUCAAAUGGAAUUGAAGUAAGUCGAAGACAUGUUCCUCGUUUCUAGUGGCCUAUGUUCGGGAAAAAAAUAAAUUACUGCAGUAACAAAAAAAAUAUUUUCUUUCUCUGUGUGACUUUUUCCGUUGCCUUUUUUAAUGUGUUCCUAUCAUGUUGGGCGUUAGGACUUCGUAAAAACAGCAAGUGAAUCAGAAAAAUAAAUUGUCAUUUCACCAAUUUUUUUUCCUUGGAAAAUUUAUCGAAAAGAGCCGCAAUUUCAUUUACUAGACUAACGUUUUACUAGACUAAACUUUAAACUAGACUAAAGACUCUUUAGACUAAGACUCUUUAGACUAAAGACUCUAGACUAACUAGACUAAACUUUACUAGACUAAAGUUUAACGUCUUGUGUAUCGAACUAGAACAAUCAAGGUUACACGGCGACUUCAAAUACUCUCAUUUCACGUCUGUACGGCAGUUUCGUAACACAGUAUUACGAAAUACAGAGAAUGGAUUGCCUGUUCUAUUUAUUCUUCGUUAUAGCUUUGUGCAGAAGACGAUCUUUACUGCAAACCCUGUAAUCAGUACUUUAACAACCUUCACAACAAGAGAGAACACAUUCUUGGUCGUAAGCACAAACUGACAGUGUCUGGAAAGUUAAACGAAAGUGAAGAAGAGGAGGAAUUACCUGGAUUUAACGCUCCCGUGUUCACGGAAGAGUUCCUUAAACACAAUGAAAGUAUGUACAACAUAUGGUAGAGCUAAAGCCAAGUGGGUCACCAAAAGCGGAUCCAGACUGAGGAUCCGGGGUGUCCAAACUCCCCCCUCCCCUCCCCUCCCCCAUUUGACUUGUGAGGGUUUUCACUGCUUGUCUGACAUCAAGAUUUGCAAUGACAGGAUCGCAUGUUAACACUCAGCGGGUAGAUUUGUAUUUGUGUAACCACAGAUUAAGAAAGGAGGGGGGGAGCGUGGGUUCAUGGAGAAGUAAUUUUGAACCCCCCCUCCCUCCUCCCCAUGCCCCAUCAAAAAUUAUUGAAUCCUUUCCAGUAUCACCGGAUCUUUCACGGUUUUGGAGUAUAAGGCGACCAUAAGUAUUACUACUUCCCUUAAGAGGGAAUGGUAACCCAUCGCGAUCUCUCUCCUUGUAUUUCUUCAAAUGUCGCUUAUGGUUCAUUGGUAUCCAUUUAUGCCCACUUUGAGGAUGUAAGUGUCUUUCCCAAGAACACAACGCAAUGACUCGACACAAUGACCUGAACACUGUGUGAACCUGAACCCAAACCUCACAAUCCUGACGUUCCUACGUUAACCCUUUAACCCCAAGAGUGACCAGCGUCUAAUUUCUCCUUACAUUAUCACCCCUGAAUUAAACAUUAGGUCAUAAGAUUUGAGGAAAUGAUCACCAACGUAUUGCUUCAGGAAAUGUAUAGAGAACAUUAUGGAGAAUGUGCAUACUGAUGUUAGAUUGUAAAGGUUUAACCAUGAGACCAUUGCUUCCAGAUACAAAAUUACAGCGUGUAAGCGAACGUAUUAGCCCUUUAACUCCCAGAAGUGAUUAACAUGUAACUUCUCCCAACAUUGUGCAUACAUUAUCCAGCAAACAGGUAAUGAAAAUACUCAAUCUUAUAAGGUAGAAACUGUUAUCCUGAUCUAACACUAAAUUCUUGUGACUAAUUUACAAGGAAAUGUGUAGUAGCUACAGGGGAGAAUUAACAAUCAGAUGUUAGGAGUUAAAGGGUUGAGUCAUUCUUGGAUCAAUAUCAGUAUCUGGGCAACUGCCCACCUACCCCUCCCCUAACCUAACAUUAACCCUAACUUGUUAUCAAUAGACUGUUGUUGGGUUAGGGGAGGGGUAGGUGGGCAGUUGCCCAGAUACUGAUAUUGAUCCCCAUUCUUCAUGGUACAGUAAAUGUAAUCUUCAUCAUUCGAAUGCUUUGUGAACUCUCCUCAACCUCAUUCUUUCAGUGCGUGAAGACGAACUGAGACAGCUUCGCAAAGCGGCCACCGAAUUUGAAGAACAGAAUUCACUCACCUCCAAACACGUGGAGAGCUUAAAACAAGCGAUAGAAAAAAUAGAAAUGGAGACAAAUCAACAACGAAAUGCCAACAUGGUGUUACUCAAUCAUCUGAGCAAUCUUCGUACAGCCCUUGUGCAAGCAUUUGCGAACUUGGUACUUCCUGGCACCAACGAGGUUCCUACAUUAGAUACUAUUGACUCAUAUAUGACCAGAUUGUAUUCAGUUAUACUGGACUCGCCGCAAGAAAAUGAGGGACUCAUAAGAAAUGUGCGAGAGAUCGUGUCACGCCUCGGAUUUCCAAAGUAA